CUCGAACUUCCAUCUCAGCGUUCGGUAUCUCGACUGUGUCGGUGCUCUUCAGCCCCCGCUAUGGAAUUGAAUUUGGGACAGUAUGCGCUAUACAAGGAUGCUCUCGCCCGUCGAAUAAUACGUCUGUGCGAGGAUGGCUCGACCGCCUCUGAUGACCUCGAAGACUUCGCCGCCUACCUCGCCGACGAGACCUUCCCCAGCUUACCUUCCUCUCUUCGCGAAGCAACGUACGAAACGCGAGACUCAGUCCCCGACAUAGACGACCUUGUACUCGACAGUACUCCCGCUUCCUUCGCCGAUACGCUCAUAUCCUACGGCCUCGCAGAGGACACUGAGGGCGCUCUCGAGCUCUUGCGGAAGGCGAUUGCAGACUACGUGUCCGACGCAUGUGCGCCUCCGCCGAUAUGGUCGGCAACCCGCGCGCAUGAGUGCGAGAUGUGCGAGCGGCGGGUGCCGCUGACGUACCACCAUCUGGUCCCGCGAAGUACGCAUGCGAAGGCGGUCAAGAAGCGCUGGCAUCCGGAGAGCAUGCUGAACGCGGUCGCCUGGUUGUGUAGACCUUGUCAUACUGCCGUGCACCACGCUGCGUCCAAUGAGGAUCUCGCUCAGAAGUACUACACUAUAGACCUCCUCAUGGGGCGGGAAGACCUGCAGCGAUGGGCUCGCUAUGCGUCUAAGCAGCGAUUCGGCGUCCGACGUGGAUGAACUUGACCUUCGUCGUAUCUCAUACGAACAACCAUGUAAGGGUGACAAUAGGAGAAGAUUUGAUGGUAUCUAUAAUGCGGAUGGAUCCCGAAUUCAAGGAGUACA